AUGCGCAAGGCGCCCUACUUUUUGGACUGCAAGUCCGAGGCCCCCGACGCGACGUGCUGGAUGCGCCUCGUCUGGAAGGAGAACAACCGGCCCGAGAAGAUCGAAAAGUCCUACGCGUCCAUCAUCGACGUCUGGAACGCCUACUACUCGGCCUACCUCGACUGGCGCGGCAGCGCGGACGCGGCGUCUUACUUUUAUUUCUCGCGCCACGCGCGCGCCGGCAGGUUCACGGAGCCCGACAUCGCCGGCCACUGCGCCCACGCGAACGCGACGCUCCUCGGCGUCCUCCAGUACACGUGUCCCUAG